AUGUGUUCCUUGCAGACGCGGCUGCACCAGGUGGAAAAUGCUCGCAGUCGUGAAAUGAAGGCGCACGGCGAGUUGGUGCAGAAGUUCGAGUGUGACUUGGAAACUCGACGAGCCAGUGAGGCAGAGCUCCGCCUCACAGUCGCCAAGCUACGUGCAGACAAGUGCCGCUUAGAAGCGGAGCUCAGUGCAGCACACACCAAAGCCCGCAAUCUACUUGAACAGCUUGAUGCUCAGAGUCUCGAAAUUGCAAAGCGUGAAAGCACAUUCAAAGCUUUUCGCGAGGAGAGUGAUCGUCAGCUUCAAGUUGCCCAUGAUAAAUGUGCCUACCUAAUCGAGGAAAAACAGCAACUCAGCCUUCAGUUGUCCGACGCCAGGACUUGUUUUGAGAAUGCGAAACACGAGAACGAAUUGCUCUUUGCAAAGAGUGGAGAGCAAAGUUUGCGAGAAAAAACUCAGACUGCAGAAAUUGAAAAACUUUCGACUCAAUUGGUAAUUAAGCAGCAGGAAAUCGAGGCUGGAGCAGUGCGCACGCAGCUGGCGCUCAACGACUUCACCAGAUCCCGAGAGCAGCAAGACCUGAUGCAAGGACGAAUUCAGACAUUGGAGCGUGACGUUAAUCACGCACUGGUGACUCGAAAUCGAGCUAUUCACUGGAGACGAAAGCGUCAAGAGAUGUGGGAUAAUCGGUUUGUCUUGCACGGUGCUUUCUUGGUUUGGAUGUCAACCUUUGUCCAGGCGAGGCAACAAUUUGUUGCUAAGGUGGAACGACGCAACAACGACACUCGAGCUCGACUCCAGGACAUCAAAAAGGAGGCGAUGACGUGCUUCUCACAAGCAAGAGAGGCGUGUUGUCGUAUUCGACAAGCUUGUGCCAAUGAACGCAAGCAAAUUUUGUUUCUUCGCGACGAAAUUAUUAAAUCGGAGCUACCAAAGCUGCUGGCUCUGCUUGAAAGUCAUCAAAGAAAUGUUAACAGUCAGCAGGAACGCCUCGAGUUGCAACUCAAAAGUCAGCGGGAAUGUGCUGAACAAGAGCGAGAACGAUAUGAUAUGUUGCUCCAAGAUGCUGAACAACGCACUGAAAUGUUGAUAGCAGCUCACCAAUCCCAGCUUACGCGCCACAAGCAGCAACAGCGCUCUAUUUUCCAGGCGUUUGCCACGAAGAGGAGACGAGAAUUUCACCGACGUGUUUUUAGCGCUUGGAAGGAAUUGUACUUGCGCUCGGUUGUUGGACAAGCUACACACACAGCAAUGGUGUUCCAGACGCAGCCGUCACAGCUGUCUACGCUGGAGUUAUUAAGCCCAAUGAAGCGAAGAGAGUCCCAAUCGUGGGCAAUGCCAGCAUCCAUUCGACCGAUUUCAAGAACAGUUCAACGAUUACAAUUGGAGAAGCAGAACUUUGACGAUUGUCUCCAAUCCCCCAUGUCCGAGCCGACUACUCCAAUUGAUGCGAUGUGGCGAAAGUGGCGACGUGUAGAUGGUAGAGCAGCAGGAAGAGGGCUCAAAUAUCGGUCCUUCUUGAACUCACCAUCGAAGAGUUACAAGAUAGGCUAG